AUGGGCUUGGAGUUCUGUAUGCGUGUUGUUCACUGUCCCUCCUGCGAGGCCUUCACUGUCGCCCCGCUGGGGAGUGCAUCCCUCAAGCCGCAACAGCGUGGGGGGGGGGGGGGGGGGGGGUGUGUGCAGGUUGUUCACUGUCCCUCCUGCGAGGCCUUCACUGUCGCCCCCCUGGGGAGUGCUUCCCUCAAGCCGCAACAGCGUGGGGGGGGCAAAAAAGCAGCACAGACUAAGCAGCAACAGCAGCAGCAGCAGCAGCAGCCGCAGCAGCAGCAGUGUGUGGGGUCUGUUGCUGAGGAGGGGAGCGCGGACGCUGCUGCUGGUGGGGAUUCUAGCAGCAGCAUCACCAACGGCAGCAACGACAGCAGCAACAGCUGCAGCAGCAGCAGCAACAGCAGCAGUAACCAGUGCAGCAGCGGGUGGGAAGACAGCUUGCCAGCUGGGGGCGGCAAAAUGCGGUUCAGAGCAGCCGCUGUCCCUGAGGGUGUGGGGCCCCAGUGCAGCGAGUGCGGCGGCCGCUGCUUAAUAGGGGGCCCCCUAUACAGUGGAAGAUACUACGACCCAGUGAGGCAAUACUCUUCUUAG